AUGGGCAAGCUGAUCAGCAAGAAGGCGAUCAUGGCGGGCAACUGUGAUGGCUUCGUCGGCAACCGGAUGCUUGCGCCGUAUGCGGGGGAGGCGAAGAUGGUCCUGGAGGAAGGUGCGAGCAUCGAGCAGGUCGAUGCCGCAGCGCAGAAGUUCGGCAUGGCCAUGGGUCCGAUGGCGUUGGGCGACUUGGUGGGCUUGGAGCUUUUCUGGAAGCAGCGGAAGGCGGCCGGUGACAUGAAGAAGCAGACCAAGACCUACUAUGGUCCGUACGAGCUGACGGACUGGCUCUGCGAGCAGGGCCGCUUUGGCUUGAAGACCCCCGACCCGAAGAUCAAGGCCAAUGGCCGCGGCGUCUUCAUCCACCGUGGUCGCAGCAAGGAGGUGGAUCCCGAGGUCGUGGCAAAGCUGGAUGAGGUUCGCAAGGCGAAGGGCAUGACACCUCGGGCCGUUUCCGACGAGGAGAUUUGCGAGAGGCUCUUCUUCUCCAUGAUCAACGAGGGCUUCAAGAUCCUCGAGGAAGGGUUUGUGGCCCGAUCCUCGGACAUCGACCUGGCCUACAUCUACGGCUACGGUUUCCCCCCCGCCAAGGGCGGCCCCAUGUUCUACGCCGAGAACUAUGCCGGGUUCAAGAAGAUCCUGGAGCGCGUGAAGUACUACAACGAAAAGGCCAAGGAGCGCUUCACCAAGAACUCCAACUACUUGCCGAUUGAUUAUUUCGAGCCCUCCAAGCUGUUAGAGGCCUGUGCGGCCAAGGAAGGCACAAAGGUGUUCCCCGGCCAAACACUGAUUGACGUGGUGCUGGCCGACUUCCGCAAGAAGAGUUCUGCUCCUGGCCCGUUUGCGAAGCUUUGA